AUGAAAUUCCAAACCCCCACCGUUCUCGCGGCCCUCGUCGCCCUCGCCGCCGCCGAGGUGCCCCAGGAACACUCGCACGAGAAGUACCUCCGGGCCGUCAACGCCCUGCUGAAGCAGGACAACCCCAACAAUAUCGUCGACGCCGUCUUCGGCCUGCUCGGCAACGCCGCCGCCGCCGACGGCGCGGGCGACGUGACGAACCUCGACUGCUUGCACCAGGUGACGGCCGACUCGGCCUUCAGCGCCGCCAAGGCCGCCGGCGACGUCGACGGCAUGGCCAGCGCCCUUGUCUUCCGCGCCGUCGAGCGCAACACGGGCGCCGUCGGCCUCAAGAGCGUGCUGUGCGAUGAGACGGCCGUGAACCCGGAGAUCGCGGCCCUGACCCAGCACCAGGACCCGGCGUCGGAGAACGCCGCCGAGGAGAACAAGGCCAUCACGCUGGAGCUGGCGCGGCAGCUCGCAGCCGUCGGGGCCGACCCGCAACUCGCGCUCGACUCGGGCACUUUUGCCCCUGGUGAUGUCAACGACGCCACAGGGGCUGGGAACACCUGUGACGAUGCUGACGAUGCCGAAGGGUGCAUCUUCACCCAAGGUCUGCUCGUUCAGGAUGCCACUCCCGAGGAGAUCGACGCCGCCGUGGCCGAAGGCGCCGGCGGUGCGGGCGGGAAUGCCGGGAACGCUGGCGGUGAUGCUGCUGCCGACGACGGUGCUGCCGCAUGCCCUGCCGGCAACGCGACCGAGAGCGCCGCGAACUCGACGAGCGCCACGACCAGACUGCGCGCCAGGGUCCGCCGCAGCACUCCCGUCGCGAGGAGUCCCUUGAGCAAGGCGGUCCUGUCCCAGCGCGGUGCCACGGCCACGGUGCGCCGUCAGAACAACAACGGCACUGCUGACGCCGGUGAUGACGCGGACAACGCGGACAACAACGCAGGCAACGACGCCGCCACCGGGACCACCAAUAACGUCCAGACCUUCACGGGCGACCUCGGGGGCCCCGCGCCGCCCGUGUCCUCUUCCGCGUCCUCGGACAAGCCGUUCGAGGUCAACGGCGCGACGUUCCUCAACGCGGGCGCGGCGCUGCAGCGGUCGUGCGCGGUGCAGCACAACGCGUGCGCGGACGCGGCCAACUCGGGCGCCGAGGACGUCAGCGUGGCCGACUGCGACGCGCAGGAGGACUCGUGCCUUGCGGCGGCGUCCCUCAAGAAGCUCCGGCGCGCGUCCGGGCUCAACGCGGGCGGGCGGCGGAUGCGCAUCGCGGCGUCCGGUCUGGUCCGCGGCCGUCAGGCUUUCGACUUUGGCGAGUGCGCGGACCCGAGCAUCCAGUUCGCCGAGGGGCUCGACGGGCGGGCGGAGGCGUCGUUCGGCCCCGCGGGCGACUUCGACCACGGGUCGGCGCAGAACAUCAACAUCAUCAGCGGCUUCAUCUGCGGCCAGCUGGGGUCGAGGUGCCAGGCGGACGAGGCUGCCGUGGCGGCUUGCGAGCAGGGCCAGGCUGAUGCGCAGGGUCUCGAGGGGCAAGAGGCUGCCGAUGCGUUCAACUCGGCAUUGGGUCUCUGA